GUGGUGACGCGGCCGUUGCCAUGGGAACCCGCCGCCCGCUCCGGCUCAGCAGCUUCAGCCGAAGCUGCAGCCCGCCGCCCGCUGCCCGCCUGCCGGCCCGCCGGCCUGCCCGCCUCGGGCUCUCCCUACGAGGCGGUAGGGGGAGCGGGGCUGGAGGAAGGGAGAGAGCAGAUGCGGCCUCCGAGCGGAGACUGGUCCCGCGCGUCCUAAGCUGAGGUCCCUGAGCCGCCGCCACAACCGCGAGGGACGAGGACCAGCGCGGAGCAGCGCCCGCCCGACCCCGGAACGCGCCCCCUGGCCCGUCGCCCAGACACGGACCACACGAUCCGUCCCAGCUCCAGCGCCGCGCGGUCUCAGCCCGGCCGGCGACCUCGGCGGCUUCGCAAUCCCGGCCGGUCCCGGCCCCGGCGCUCCUCUCCGCAGCCGCCCCCGCCACCCCCGCCGCCGCCGCCGCCUCCUGCGCCUCUGCCGCCCCCGCUACCCCCUCUGCGUCCGCGACCCCAGCCCGGGCCCCGACCCCAGCCCCGACCCCUCCCGCGGCCCCGCCAACCUCGGCCGCGGCCCGGGCCCCGGCCCCGGCCGCCCAGCCGUGGGUACGAUGCUGCCCAGCUCCAUCCAGAUUUCGGGGGAGCCUCUGUCAGGCGCCGAGGUGCGGGACAUCUGCCGCGGCCUGCGCGACAACGCCGUGCGCCUGCUCUCACUGCGCGGCUGCCGUCUCUGCGACCGCGACUUCGGCCGAAUCUGCCGGGCCCUGGCCGGGGCCACGUCCCUGGCGCAACUCAACCUUAACCUGGGCGUUGUAUCCAGCCCCAGCCGCAUCAAGCAGCUGGCGGAGGCGCUGCGGACCAACCGCUCCAUCCAGUCCCUCUUCCUGCAUGGGAGCCCUCUGACAGACGCAGGUCUGGCCUUGUUGAAUCCAGCCCUGGCCCUCCACCCUGCCCUCGUGGCACUGGACCUGGGGGACUGCAUGCUGGGUGAUGAAGCCAUCAACCUCAUCUGUGGCCUCCUCCCGCCUGACGGGGCCAAGUCUGGCCUGAAGGAGCUGACACUGAGCGCUAACCCCGGCAUCACCCCUAAGGGCUGGAGCCGCCUCGCCAUUGCUGUGGCCCACAGCUCCCAGGUCCGCGUCCUCAAUCUGGAUUACAACCCCCUGGGUGACCACGUGGCAGGGAUGCUGGCUGUAGCUGUGGCCUCCAGCCGCACCUUAGAGGUCCUAGACUUGGAGGGCACAGGGCUCACCAACCAGUCAGCUCAGACCCUGCUGGACAUGGUAGAAAAUUACCCUACAGCUCUGCGGAGUCUGGUGUUGGCCGAGAACAGCAUUAGCCCGGAGCUGCAGCAGCAGAUCUGUGACCUCCUCUCUGAGGGGGAGGAGGAGGAGGAGGUGGCAGGAGGGCCUGGUGACACCCAGGAACGAGAGCGAGCCCGGGAGCCUGCUGCCCACCAGAGGGGCAGCAGCUCCUGGAUGGGCCCCAGUGAUCCCAGCUCUCAGAUGGUGCUAAUGACAUCAGGACUAGGGGACAGUCUGUUGGCUGAGACUGAGAUGUGACUGUUUCUGCGCAUCAUUACAUCUGUGUCUCCAGCACUUUGCCCCAGAUGUCAGGGUCAGACCCUGGGGCUUGGGGAUGGGGGGUGGUGCCUGGGGCUCUGGCAGCUCCUGGUGGUGUGGUGGGAGGCCCUGGAGGCUGUGACUCAACAAAACCCUCGGGGGCACUGGAACCCAAGGCAAUGCUUCUGGACUUGUUGGCAGCUCUGGCUGCAGCCCGCUGGCUCGGAAGAGAUUUUAUGAACUCUA